AUGGCUUAUGGCACUAACCGGGACUACACUUCCAUCGUCAUCGACGGGAAGACGUGGUACUUCUGGCCUAAUGAUCCCAUUCCGAAGCCCAACCCACCGCCACGAGUGUCUGCACCUCCGGCUGAUGACGACGGCGAUGCACGACUUGAUGGGACUAAUCGUGACUACUCCGCCGUCAACAUUGAGGGAAGAAUGUGGUAUUUCUGGUCUAAUGACCCCCUUCCGAAACCCUACCCACCUCCGGCCGACAAGUGA